ACAAGACAAGUCCGAACAUAUAUCCCGGGCACGCGCUGCUCGGGAGAGAGAGAGCGAGAGAGAGCGCGUAUAAAGGCAUCUAUUCUGCAUGCGACGACACACACACACACACACACACACAGACAGAGUAUUUAAUAUAAUAUAGCACAGUGUCGCGCGAUGCGCCUGGUGUAAAGUCCUCGCGCACACCUGUCCUGUCUGUGACUUACCUGUCAAACAGUACGCAGUCCGGGCUCGCGCACAGGUGAGAGCAGGUGAGGGAGACGGCAGGAUGCGCGCGGCAGAAGCGGACAGACUGGCGAAUGAACUCACGAGCGCGGCGGCGGCGGGAGACACGGCGCGCGCUGAACUCCUGCUGCAGAAUGGAGCUGAGAUCAACCGCGCGAACCGCUUCGGGAGAACACCUGUACAGGUGAUGAUGAUGGGCAGCGAGCGCAUGGCCAGCCUCCUGCUAUUGCACGGUGCGAACCCGAACAUACUGGACGCGAGUACGGGCGCGACGCCGCUACACGACGCAGCGCGUGAGGGUUUCCUCCUCACCGUACAGCUGUUAGUCAGAGCCGGAGCUGACGUCACCGCACUGGACUACAGUGGGCGGAGCCCGGCCAAGUACGCACUGCAGGCUGGCCACGCUCACAUCGCCAAGUACUUACACACCCUCUGACCAACCUUAUGAACUGCUGUUCCAGUGUUUUAUUAGUCUCUAAUAAUGUUUAUAAACAUGAUGACGACACAGACACUGAAUGCACUUUACACCUUUUCUCUAUUUUAUUAAAAUUAUAUGUGUGUGUGUGUUUGUGUGUGUGUGUGUGUAAUACUACGAUGUAUUGUAGAUCUGAUGAUUAAUGUUUCUGUGCUGGAACACUGAAAUAUCAACCAGAUUAUUAAAUAAAGAUGAAAUAUCAGGAUAUUUAAAUAAAUAAAUAAUGAAAUAAUUAUUCAGCAUGUUUGUAUUUGUUCAGAUUUGUGUCAUUUCUGCUGUGUUGAUUUAAAUAUAUUAAUAUAAUAAUAUAAUGUUAAUAAAUUAUAGACAUAUAUUAUUAUUUAUUUAUGUCCGUGUCUAAAUUUGUUGUUGUAAUAUUUCCCAUUACAAGUGAAUUUAUUUUAGAAACAUUAAUAAUUUAGAAAAUAAAAAAUAAAAUAAGAAUAAUUUAAAUGAAUACGAUUAUGAAUAUUAAUAAUGUUAUAUUAGUAUUUCCUCUGUAAUUCAGUGUACCAAAAAAAAACACUUUAUAUUUUAUAUAAUCUGAGUAAACACACAAUGAGAGAAAAGUUUUAUUUGUUUAUUGUUCUGAUGACUGACACGACUGUAAAUUAUUAAACACAAAUCAUCCACAGGAUUUACAUUUUACUGCUAUAAAAGUGAAUACAGUAAAAUUAUGUAAAAACAAAACAAAAAACCAACAACACAUGAACACACUCUUGUGCCACUUAGCUAGUGUGAAUGUACCUUAAAUGUUUGUGUGUGUGUGUGUGUGUGUGUGUGUGUGUGUGUGUG